ACAGACGCUCGCCCCAGCUUGCAUCGUCCUCCGACUCCGGCUCAAUUUCCACUGUAUCGUCAAGACCUUUGCCGCUCCCCGAGUAUGCAGGUUUUCGUUUGGGUGAUCUCCCUGCUCUCUUUCGGGUUUUUGGUGUCGGCCGCGCCGACCCACGGAGACUUCCCGGUCGUGUUUCGAGCUGGAAAGUAUGUGGUUGGGAAAGUGCUUCCUGAAAGUCAAUUACCUCCGAUCCGUCAACCCACUAUUAACCGAACCUGGCAGCGACGUCCUAUCAUGGGCAAGGCAUAUGCGGCAUCCUUGUCCUCGUAAUUCCUAGACGUCUUCAAGGGUCGACUCUAACCCUUUUUGCCGCGAAAAGGGUUGGACUAUGGUCAUCUUCCUAUGCAUUUCUGGCCAUUAUACCACUACCUAUUCACCGUGAUACGCGACGCGACACGUUUCCACCAGCGACCAGACUUAGAUGGGGUUUUCGGGCGAGAGGGGCGUGUAUCGAUUCUUUGGCUGCAUGGUUCAUUUGUGGCAGCUUCUGGGGAAAGGAGGCCAUGCAUUGCGCGGGACGCGAGAAGGGAAGGCUAGGGGCUGUGAUGCACAUUGUACUUUGUUUCUUGUUUCGGAGAAUUCGUGAACUCUGACGUAUUUCCUUUGGAUCACAUCUAUUCUCU